UGUCUGUUCCUCACACUUCUCACACUCUCACCGCAAGGCACUCCCUCAAUCUCCUCAUAAUCACCCUCACCCUCACCCACAAUGUCCAACCCCGCCCCCACCACCAGCACCACCAGCACCACCCCAGCCGCAGUGGGCAAAGACUACACACUGCACUGUCACUGCCGUACGCACGUAGCGACACUGCACUCAUUCCCCCUAGAGACGUGCCUGAAGAUCACAUGCAACUGCAGCAUCUGUACGGACCGGGGGGUGAUCAUGGCGUACACUCCGGGGACGUCGGUGUCGUUCACUAUCGACGGGAAGGAGGUGUACGGCUCUGAGGCGCUCGAGCUCCUGAAGGACUCGCUGGCCACAUACGAGUUUGGCCAGAAGCAGGUACAGUGGAGGUUUUGUAACAGGUGUGGGAGUAAUAUACUCGGUGUCAAGGAGGGCGUUUGGGGGUUUAAUCUGAGGUGUGUGGAUGGGAUUGAUCUUAAGGCGUUUAAGUUGGUGGAGCACGAUGGUAGGAGCACCUAGUUGUGGUGGACUGACUGGCUGGAUGGGUUGGUGAGUACGUGGAGAGGUUGAAGGAUGUGCAUUUCUACUAUACGCAGGAUUGAUGAAUGAACAAAUUGGUUGAAUGAUACCACUUGCU